AUGUCUGGUGAACAAGAAGACCACAAGAAAUUAUAUUCUUUCCCUUACUUUUCCAGCUUUCAUCACCAAGAAGACCAGACCAAUUUGCAUUUGUCUGAUCAUGAUCAAGGGUUUGCUUUCCCCAUCAUCACAGAUAAUAACCACACCAACACCUACAGUACCUUCAUGUACAACCAGCCACAGCAGCAGCAAAACCCUAACACCCUCGAGUUCGAUCAUCUAAAUAACCCUAAUCCGGCCGAUUUAAGCUUCUCAAACUGCCUCCAGUUAGGGGCCGCCGAUUACAACACCCUCUCGAACGCCUUUGAUCUCUCUUGUUCUGCUGUCGAUCAACAACUCGCCAAUUUUCAUAACAGCGACAACAACAGCAAUAACGAUAAUAGUAAUAAUAAUAAGAAUAUUAUCACCAGCUCUGACGAUUUUGUGUACAAAGGGGUAGAUAUUGCAGGUGGGAGCGAAAAUCAUCAGACACAGAAUUCUUCGGGCUCGGUUUCUUCGCACGAGGGUGGGCCCGAGGAGGACUCGUCCAAGGGCAGCAAGACUACUCUGCAGCCGAAAGACGGUGAUCAAGAAGAAGGGACUGAUGGCAAAUCUAAGAUUGUCGGAAAAUCGAAAAAGAAGGAGGAGAAAAAGAGGGAGCCACGGUUCGCCUUCAUGACCAAAUCCGAGGUCGACAAUCUUGAGGACGGAUAUCGAUGGAGAAAAUACGGCCAGAAAGCGGUCAAAAACAGCCCUUUUCCUAGGAGUUACUACAGAUGCACGAGCCAGAAAUGUGGGGUGAAGAAGCGAAUUGAGCGGUCGUCACAAGACCCAUCGGUGGUGAUCACCACCUACGAGGGCCAACACAACCACCACAGCCCAGCCACCGUCCGUGGCAGCGCCGCCGCCAUGCUGACGCCAUCCCUCUUCCCGCCGCCGUUCAUGGGCGGCGGCGUCGGAGGAGUAGGCUUCCCGGCCGAGGCGGACCUCCAGUUUUUCCCCUCGGCCCGCCAGCAGGUCCCCAGCUCCGGAUACUUUUCUCAUUUCAUAAAUCCACAUCAGCACCAGGAGCCGGCCAAUGACCAGUUUGGGCUUUUUAUCCCGGGCUUGAACAGUAAUAUCUCAUCCUCUUUCCUCCAUAAGCGCACCCAUCCGUGA